UGGUCACCAAAAGACCCUACGUGGGGAUGACUUCCGGCACAUGUUGGUCUGUUUACGGCAGCGUUUGCGCGCUUUUAAAUCAACUUUACAGGAGCGACUAUGUGUUCAAAACUUUAUUUUGAGAUUUAACAACAAGAAAACACACCCUGCCUGCUAACCUUGCUCAUGAGCUGGCACGUUCAAGUCACCUACGAAGGAAACCGCUACAGUGUUUUGCGGCGACGGGAGCCGAGAUGGACACAGCGUGGACAACAGAAAAUCUUUUGAAGCUUCUCAAUGCCAUGAAAACAAACAUCCCGGACGGUGACCGAAUGAGACCGUUCUUGCAUGGAGUCAAGAAGUUGGACUGGGAGAAAGUGGCAUUCCCUCCCUUUUCACCAAAAGAUUGCCAACAAAAGUGGAGAGUUGUGUCGCACAAGAUGCGCAAGAUUCGAACACUCACAGAGCUUGUUGAUGAAGUUGCAGAUGAACUUUCAAAUAGACCCAAAAAGCGCCCAAAGAAACCCGGUCCUCCCAGGAUCAUCUUUUACGAAGAGAACCUGUGCAAAUAUCGUGCGCAGCACCCUGAGUUGACUCGCGAAAAGCUCUUCAAACUCAUCGUAGACAAUUACGAUGCCCUGACAGAGGAGGAGAAGGCCCCGUACGUGGAGAAGUACCAGCGUGCGCAUGCACAAUACAAGAGAAAGUUCAGCGAUACGGACAUGCAAGAGAAGGAGAAGUGGCUUUCCAAGGACACGUCCAAAGGUGAAAGCGAAAAGAGUUUGGAGGAAUCCCCAGAGGACACCCAACUUCCAAAGCCCCCCAAGAGCGGCUACAACCUAUUUUGCAAAGAGCAGAGGGGGUCCAUGGAGGGCGUUCCCAAAAAAGGCUACGUGAGCGAGUGGGCCCAACGCUGGCGUGACUUGACCGACGACGAGAGGAACAGCUUCAGUUUGCGCUGCGCGACGAUGAAGACGGAUUACGCGCUGAAGAUGAAGGAAUAUCGUCUGAAUCGUCAACACUCCGCAAGCGAUCACAUUGACCUAACGGAGAAGGAUCCAAGACCCUCGGAUUCUGAGGACAAAGACAUUGAGGUCAGCAGCAGCGAUGAAGAGGACCAGUAUUGGGAUUGCGAUGAGGAAGUGGACGCCGACCACUCGCUGGAUAUCUCCUUUGAUGUGUUUUAGAUGGAUGCUGCCAUAUUGUUUUCAAAAUACCUGCAGUGACGGUGUUGUUGGCAAGUACAUCUUGCCCUCCGUGUGCCUUUGUUUUUGUUUUUCUAUUUCUGCAAUGAUGCAUUUAUAUUUGAAAUAAUUGUAGUUGACUUGGAGUUGUGUCAAGUUUAAUAAAUGUGACAUUUUGAAUGGAAAA